CGCCUCCGGUCAACGUGACAGCGACCACAGCCAACGCGACCUCACCUCCGGUCAGCGUGACAGCGACCACGGCCAAUGCCACCAUGCUACCAGGCAACACAACCUCACCUCCGGUCAACAUGACAGCGACCACGACCAACGCCACCUCGCCUCCGGUCAGCGUGACAGCGACCACAGCCAACACCACCGCGCUACCAGGCAACACGACCUCGCCUCCGGUCAACGUGACAGCGACCACGGCCAACGCGACCUCACCUCCGGUCAGCGUGACAGCGACCACGGCCAAUGCCACCAUGCUACCAGGCAACACAACCUCGCCUCCGGUCAACGUGACAGCGAACACAGCCAACACCACCAGGCUCCCAGUCAACACGACCUUGCCUCCGGUCAGCGUGACAGCGACCACGGCCAAUGCCACCAUGCUACCAGGCAACACAACCUCGCCUCCGGUCAACGUGACAGCGACCACGGCCAACGCGCCCUCACCUCCGGUCAACAUGACAGCGACCACGACCAACGCCACCUCGCCUCCGGUCAGCGUGACAGCGACCACAGCCAACACCACCGCGCUACCAGGCAACACGACCUCGCCUCCGGUCAACGUGACAGCGACCACGGCCAACGCGACCUCACCUCCGGUCAGCGUGACAGCGACCACGGCCAAUGCCACCAUGCUACCAGGCAACACAACCUCGCCUCCGGUCAACGUGACAGCGACCACGGCCAACGCGACCUCACCUCCGGUCAACAUGACAGCGACCACGACCAACGCCACCUCGCCUCCGGUCAGCGUGACAGCGACCACAGCCAACACCACCGCGCUACCAGGCAACACGACCUCGCCUCCGGUCAACGUGACAGCGACCACAGCCAACGCGACCUCACCUCCGGUCAGCGUGACAGCGACCACGGCCAAUGCCACCAUGCUACCAGGCAACACAACCUCACCUCCGGUCAACAUGACAGCGACCACGACCAACGCCACCUCGCCUCCGGUCAGCGUGACAGCGACCACAGCCAACACCACCGCGCUACCAGGCAACACGACCUCGCCUCCGGUCAACGUGACAGCGACCACGGCCAACGCGACCUCACCUCCGGUCAGCGUGACAGCGACCACGGCCAAUGCCACCAUGCUACCAGGCAACACAACCUCGCCUCCGGUCAACGUGACAGCGAACACAGCCAACACCACCAGGCUCCCAGUCAACACGACCUUGCCUCCGGUCAGCAUGACAGCGACCACGGCCAACGCGACCUCGCCUCCGGUCAGCGUGACAGCGACCACGGCCAAUGCCACCAUGCUACCAGGCAACACAACCUCGCCUCCGGUCAACGUGACAGCGACCACGGCCAACGCGCCCUCACCUCCGGUCAACAUGACAGCGACCACGACCAACGCCACCUCGCCUCCGGUCAGCGUGACAGCGACCACAGCCAACACCACCGCGCUACCAGGCAACACGACCUCGCCUCCGGUCAACGUGACAGCGACCACGGCCAACGCGACCUCACCUCCGGUCAGCGUGACAGCGACCACGGCCAAUGCCACCAUGCUACCAGGCAACACAACCUCGCCUCCGGUCAACAUGACAGCGACCACGACCAACGCCACCUCGCCUCCGGUCAGCGUGACAGCGACCACAGCCAACACCACCGCGCUACCAGGCAACACGACCUCGCCUCCGGUCAACGUGACAGCGACCACGACCAACGCCACCUCGCCUCCGGUCAGCGUGACAGCGACCACAGCCAACACCACCGCGCUACCAGGCAACACGACCUCGCCUCCGGUCAACGUGACAGCGACCACGGCCAACGCGACCUCACCUCCGGUCAGCAUGACAGCGACCACGGCCAAUGCCACCAUGCUACCAGGCAACACAACCUCGCCUCCGGUCAACAUGACAGCGACCACGACCAACGCCACCUCGCCUCCGGUCAGCGUGACAGCGACCACAGCCAACACCACCGCGCUACCAGGCAACACGACCUCGCCUCCGGUCAACGUGACAGCGACCACAGCCAACGCCACCGCGCUACCAGGCAACACGACCUUUCCUCCGGUCAGCGUGACAAUACCCCCGGCAAACAUGACCGCGUUACCAGCAAACGCUACCCUGCCUCCAGUCAACCUCCCACUUCCAACAACACAAGAUACUCCAGUUACAACACUUGCACCCGAAGGAUCAAGGGUGAACCUGGGAUUUAGUUUGAACCAGACAUUCGCGCCUCAACUUUUAAAUUCAUCUUCUACUGUGUUUCAAGCUUUAGCCAACCAAAUAGAAACUCAGUUGGAUACCAUUUAUUUGGCAAGUUUUGGAAGAAUAUUCCUUCGAUCGCAAGUCCUUUUUUUUCGUCCUGGUUCAGUUGUGGUUGAAACUCAGCUGCUAUUCAACGAGUCUGCCACAGUGCCAAGCACUACUUCUGUGGCAAGCACCCUGGAGGAGGCAGCAAGCAGCAGCCCCAACUUUACGCUCCCUUUGAAUGUGUCAACCAUUGUUGCAUCCCGCAACGCGACCUCGCCUCCAGUCAACGUGACAGCGACCACGGCCAACACGACCUCGCCUCCGGUCAACGUGACAGCGACCACGGCCAACGCGACCUCACCUCCGGUCAGCGUGACAGCGACCACGGCCAAUGCCACCAUGCUACCAGGCAACACAACCUCGCCUCCGGUCAACGUGACAGCGACCACGGCCAAUGCCACCAUGCUACCAGGCAACACAACCUCGCCUCCGGUCAACGUGACAGCGACCACGGCCAACGCGACCUCACCUCCGGUCAACAUGACAGCGACCACGACCAACGCCACCUCGCCUCCGGUCAGCGUGACAGCGACCACAGCCAACACCACCGCGCUACCAGGCAACACGACCUCGCCUCCGGUCAACGUGACAGCGACCACGGCCAACGCGACCUCACCUCCGGUCAGCGUGACAGCGACCACGGCCAAUGCCACCAUGCUACCAGGCAACACAACCUCGCCUCCGGUCAACAUGACAGCGACCACGACCAACGCCACCUCGCCUCCGGUCAGCGUGACAGCGACCACAGCCAACACCACCGCGCUACCAGGCAACACGACCUCGCCUCCGGUCAACGUGACAGCGACCACGGCCAACACAACCUCGCCUCCGGUCAACGUGACAGCGACCACGGCCAACGCGACCUCACCUCCGGUCAGCGUGACAGCGACCACAGCCAACACCACCGCGCUACCAGGCAACACGACCUCGCCUCCGGUCAACGUGACAGCGACCACGGCCAACACAACCUCGCCUCCGGUCAACGUGACAGCGACCACGGCCAACGCGACCUCACCUCCGGUCAGCGUGACAGCGACCACAGCCAACACCACCGCGCUACCAGGCAACACGACCUCGCCUCCGGUCAACGUGACAGCGACCACGGCCAACGCGACCUCACCUCCGGUCAGCGUGACAGCGACCACGGCCAAUGCCACCAUGCUACCAGGCAACACAACCUCGCCUCCGGUCAACGUGACAGCGACCACGGCCAACGCCACCAGGCUCCCAGUCAACACGACCUUGCCUCCGGUCAGCAUGACAGCGACCACGGCCAACGCGACCUCACCUCCGGUCAGCGUGACAGUGACCACAGCCAACGAGAGCUCACCUCCGGUCAACAUGACAGCGACCACGGCCAACCCCACCGCGCUACCAGCCGUACCAGUCUCAAAUGUUGUAGGUGCAACAACAACAGUGGCAGCUAUCGGGACUCCAAGUUCUUCCUCUGUUGCAUCUACAAACCCUCCUUCAACCAAUGAGGGAACCCUCGUUAUUGUGUUUAGCCUUGACCAAACAUUUACAUCAGAUCUCAGCAACGUGCAGUCAACAGCGUUUCAAUCUUUGGCUACAACAGUCAUCUCAGAGGUUAACACAGCCAGUAGUAGGCUUUUUGGUUCAUCUUUCAAUCGAUCUCUUAUUAACCUUUUCAGGAAUGGAUCAGUCAUUACCGACAUGACUCUCGUGUUCCAAAAUCAAGCCGCGGUUCCUUCCGCUACCAGUGCAAUAGCUGGACUAGGCAAUGAACUUGCCAACUCAGACCUAAACUUUGUACCAGGAAGUCUUUCUGCAGAUGCUUCUCGGCCAGUGGUGCUCUCACUGGCAGUCAUGUCCAUGGCAUUGGUGACUUCGGUGCUGAUGCUCAAAGACCUAUAGUUGAUGUCCAUGACCAUGACCGACAUAGACUUUACCAAGCCGCCAAAUUGAAACUGGUUGACUGAUCUUUAUCUCAAACACUACAAAAUAAACAAAACUUAAUUUCAUAGACUAUUUCAACUGCAAUAUUUUCAAUUUCCACCCUGUCUUCUAUGCUUAUUUUACAAUUUCAAAAUAUCAUAAACUUUGUUUUGUUCAAGUUUAAUGAUAUUUUAUGUCAAACCAGUUUUAAUUUAUGUAUUCAUAAUAACUUACCAAGUUCACAGUGAAUACUGUCACCCAAGUGUCAAAGAUGGCAAAAGAUUUGGAUUUGUCAUGUUCUUGUUGUCCUUUUGCUUAGUUUUGUUUUCUGAUUUAGUUUAGUUUCAUGUUAUCUGGAGUUCUGUGUCUUCCUUGUCUGUUGUUCGUGCCUUGCCUGUCUGCUCAUCGAGUCACAUCUCGCUCCUCAAAAUAUUGAAGGCGACCCAGAGUAUUUCUCAUGCUGCCAUAUCAAGGAGCGUCUCAAUUGCCUUUAAUGCACAUCGAGGAUCGAACAUCGAGGAGCUUCCACUGGCUCGCUUAAAUCGAGGGACGUCUGAUGUAUCCUCUGCAGAAGUCUUACAGCUCCUCGAUGUUGAUGUAUGAAAAUGGACGUGCACCAGCUGGAUCGUGACCGGAGCAGAACUUCAAAUUAAAUAGUUAAUCUUCUGUUUUCCUUCCCAUGAGCUCACCACCUGUGGGAGGGGCUGUAGGGGUCGGGUGCAGAGUGAGCUGGGCGGUGGCCGAAGACAGGGACCUUGGCGAUCCGACAGAAGCUGGCUCUAGGAACGUGGAACGUCACCUCUCUGGCAGGGAAGGAGCCCAAGCUGGUGUGUGAGGUUGAGAAGUUCCGACUAAAUAUAGUUGGGCUCGCUUCCACACACAGCUUGGGCUCUGGUACCAGUCCUCUUGAGAGGGAUUGGACUCUCUUUAACACUGGAGUUGCCCACGGUGAGCGGCGCAAAGCAGAUGUGGGUAUACUUAUUGCCCCUCGGCUCGGCGCCUGUACGUUGGGGUUCACCUCGGUGGACGAGAGGGUAGCCUCCCUCCGCCUUCGGGUGUGGGGACGGGUCCUGACUGUUGUUUGUGCCUACGCACCAAACAGCAGUUCAGAGUACCCACUCUUUUUGGAGUCCUUGGAAGGGGUGCUAGAGAGCGCUCCCGCUUGGGACUCCAUCGUUCUGCUGGGGGACUUCAAUGCUCACGUGGUAAAUGAGUGAGACCUGGAAGGGCGUGAUUGGGAGGAACGGCCCCCCCCGAUCAGAACCCGAGCGGUGUUCUGUUAUUGGACUUCUGUGUUCAACAUGGAUUGUCCAUAACGAACACCAUGUUCAAGCAUAAGGGUGUCCACACGUGCACUUGGCACCAGGACACCCUAGGUCGCAGUUCGAUGAUCGACUUUGUGGUCGUGUCAUCGGACUUACAGCCGCAUGUCUUGGACACUUGAGUGAAGAGAGAGGCGGAGCUGUCACCUGGUGAACUCCACCGACACGCCUUCCCAUGAGGAAGCAGAGUCUGGGUUCUCUGAGGCGGGCUCUCCUACCUCUGGGGUUGAGGUCACUGAGGUGGUUAAAAAGCUCCUUGGUGGCAAGGCCCCGGGGUUGGAUGAGAUUCGCCCAGAGUUCCUAAAGGCUCUGGAUGUUGUGGGGCUGUCCUGGUCGACACCCCUCUGCAACAUCGCGUGCACAUCGGGGACAGUGCCUCUGCAUUGGCAGACUGGGGUGGUGGUCCCCCUUUUUAAGAAGGAGGGUGUGUUCCAACUCCAGAGGGAUCACACUCCUCAGCCUCCCUGGUAAGGUCUAUUCAGGGGUGCUGGAGAGGAGGGUCAAUCGGGAAGUUAAAUCUCAGAUUCAGGAGGAGCAGUGUGGUUUUCGUCCUGGCCGUGGAACAGUGGACCAGCUCUACACCCUCGGCAGGGUCUUCGAGUGUGCAUGGGAGUUCGCCCAACCAGUCUACAUGUGUUUUGUGGACUUGGAGAAGGCGUUUGACCGCGUCCCUCGGGGAGUCCUGUGGGGGGUGCUUCGGGAGUAUGGGGUACCGAACCCCCUGAUACGGGCUGUUCGGCCCCUGUACGACCGGUGUCAGAGUUUGGUCCGCAUUGCCGGCAGUAAGUCGAACUCGUUUCCGGUGAGGGUUGGACUCCGCCAAGGCUGCCCUUUGUCACCGAUUCUGUUCAUAACUUUUAUGGACAGAAUUUCUAGGCGCGGCCGAGGCGUAAAGGGGGUCCGGUUUGGUGGCCUCAGAAUUGCAUCUCUGCCUUUUGCAGAUGAUGUGGUUCUUUUCGCUUCAUCAAGCCAUGAUCUCCAAUUCUCACUGGAGCAGUUCGCAGCCGAGUGUGAAGCGGCUGGGAUGAGAAUCAUCCAAUCCGAGACCAUGGUCUUCAGUUGGAAAAGGAUGGCAUGCCCUCUCCAGGUCGGGCUGAGAUCCUGCCCCAAGUGGAGGAGUUCAAGUAUCUUGAGGUCUUGUUCACGAGUGAGGGUAAAAUGGAACGGGAGAUCGACAGGUGGAUCGGUGCAGAAUCUGCAGUAAUGCGGACUUUGUAUCAGUCCGUUGUGGUAAAGAAGGAGCUACGCCGAAAGGUGAAGCUCUCGAUUGACCGGUCGAUCUACGUUCCUACUCUCACCUAUGGUCACGAGCUGUGGGUCGUGACCGAAAGAACAAGAUCCCGGAUACAAGCGGGCGAAAUGAGUUUCCUCCACAGGGUGUCCACGCUCUCCCUUAGAGAUAGGGUGAGAAGCUCGGUCAUCCGGGAGGAUCUCAGAGAAGAGCCGCUGCUCCUCCACAUCGAGAGGAGCCAGAUGAGGUGGCUGGGACAUCUGAUUCGGAUGCCUCCCGGACACAUCCCUGGUGAGGUGUUUCGGGCACGUCCCACCGGGAGGAGACCCCGGGGACGACCCAGGACACGCUGGAGAGACUAUGUCUCUCGGCAGGCCUGGGAACGCCUCGGUAUCCCCUCGGAAGAGCUGGAUGAAGUGGCUUGGUAGAGGGAAGUCUGGGCGUCCCUUCUAAAGUUACUGCCCCCGCGACCCGACCUCGGAUAAGCGGUAGAAAAUGGAUGGAUCUUCUUUAAUUUGGGAUAUUUAUAUUUUGCUGAGCGUCUGUUCUGUUUGGUAGAGUAUUUGAUACUAAAAUUACUUUAUUACACUAGCUCAUGGUUACAUUCAUUCUCCAUUAAAUGUAAUACAUAAGCUGCAUAUCAACAUUGAUAAUUUUUUUAUUCCUAAAAACAAUAAAGUUUAUCAGUUUGAACAUUAAA